CCUGACCAUAACAUCAUUCAGCAUCUUUCAUUUCGACAAGUGUAAUUGCUCAAGUACAUGUUUUUGUGCCUUUUUGAAAUUCAGAAUCUAAAACUAUUUGGGGAUGAGCGUUUAUUUUCUUGGGUGGGAGCUUUUUUAAAAGCUCAAUGGGUUUAUGUGUACUUACCACUCUAAAAUACUCCGGUGUAUCUAUAUAUUUCCUUUUCGAAAUUGGGAAUGAACUGUACUUUGCAAUGUGAUUUGAAGCAAGGAAAGCAUUAAUUCUCAGCAUAAAAAUAGCUUAUAUAGGAUCGUCUAGUUUUUACUUUGUGACAAAAGGUGAAUUAUACUUUAAUGUAUUCCAGGUUGUAUACUAUGGAUGGAAACUAUUAAAGUUUAUAAUGUCAAAACCUUUUCUUAGACCAAAGGUAUCUUCCACAAAGGUAACAGACUGGGUGGAUCCAUCAUUUGAUGAUUUUUCAGCGACUACAGCCAUCUCUUCUAUUACUGCUUCAUCUUUAGGUUUGAAUAAUUCAAGUCACAGAAGAAAAAAUGUGUCUUCUACAUUAGAAAGUAGUAGAUUUCCAGUUAGAAAAAGAGGAAAGCUAUCUUCCUUAGAACAGACUCAUGGUCUAGAAAAUUCAAAAGAAUUUCUAUCUGACAAUGAACCAUGGGUGGAUAAAUACAAGCCAGAAACUCAGCAUGAACUUGCUGUGCAUAAGAAGAAAAUUGAGGAAGUUGAAACCUGGUUAAAAGCUGAAGUCUUAGAAACAAAGCCAAAACAGGGUGGAUCUAUUUUAUUAAUAACAGGUCCUCCAGGAUGUGGAAAGACAAUUACUAUAAAAAUACUAUCAAAGGAGCAUGGGAUUCAAGUACAAGAAUGGGUUAAUCCAGUUUUACCAGACUUCCAAAAAGAUGAUUUCAAGGAGUUACUUAGUUUUGAAUCGAGCUUCCAUAUAUUUCCAUAUCAAUCUCAGAUAGCAGUCUUCAAAGACUUUCUACUAAGAGCCACAAAGUAUAACAAACUACAAAUGUUUGGAGAUGAUCUGACAACUGAUAAGAAGAUAAUUCUGGUUGAAGAUUUUCCUAAUCAGUUUUAUCGAGAUUCUCCUUCUUUGCAUGAAAUUCUAAGGAAGUAUGUGCAGAUUGGCCGAUGUCCUCUAGUAUUUAUAAUUUCUGACAGUGUCAGUGGAGAAAAUAAUCAGAAAUUACUGUUUCCCAAAGAAAUUCAAGAAGAGUGUUCUAUUUCAAACAUUAGUUUCAACCCUGUGGCACCAACAAUCAUGAUGAAAUUUCUUAAUCGAAUAGUGACUAUAGAAGCUAAUAAGAGUGGAGGAAGAAUUACUGUUCCUGAUAAAACAUCUCUGGAGUUGCUCUGUCAAGGAUGUUCUGGUGAUAUCAGAAGUGCAAUAAACAGCCUCCAGUUUUCUUCUUCAAAAGGAGAGAGCAAUUUAUGGUCAAGAAAAAAAGGACUGCCAUUAAAAUCAGAUGCUGCUCUGUCAAAAUCAAAGCGAAGAAAGAAAACUGAUAAUAUUCUUGAAAACCAAGAGGUCCAAGCUAUUGGUGGCAAAGAUGUUUCUCUCUUUCUCUUCAGAGCUUUGGGGAAAAUUCUAUACUGUAAAAGAGCACCAUUAGCAGAAUUGGACGUUCCUCAGUUGCCUUCUCAUUUAUCAGAGCAUGAACGGGAUCCGUUACUUGUUCAGCCUGAGGAAAUAGUAGAAAUGUCACACAUGCCAGGAGACAUUUUUAAUUUAUAUCUUCACCAAAACUACAUUGAUUUCUUCACGGAAGUAGAUGAUCUUGUGAGAGCCAGUGAAUUCCUAAGUUUUGCAGAUAUCCUCAGUGGGGACUGGAAUACACACUCUUUACUCAGGGAAUAUAGUACAGCUAUAGCUACAAGAGGUGUGAUACAUUCCAACAGAGCCCGAGGAUUUGCUCAUUGCCAAGGUGGAGGAUCAAGUUUUCGACCGUUGCAUAAGCCUCAGUGGUUUCUAAUACAUAAAAAGUAUCGGGAAAAUUGCCUGGCAGCAAAAGCACUUUUUUUGGACUUCUGUCUCCCAGCUGUAUGUCUUCAGAUUCAGCUGUUGCCAUACCUCGCUCUGCUGACCAUCCCAAUGAGGAAUAAAGCUCAAAUUUCUUUUAUCCAAGAUAUUGGAAGACUUCCUUUGAAGCGACACUUUGGAAGGUUGAAAAUGGAAGCCCUGACUGACAGGGAGCAUGGAGUGAUAGACCCUGAUAGUGGUGAUGAAGCCGGGCUUAAUGGAAGGAAGGAAGCUGGGAGUGAACUCACUCAAACUGCUGACCCUGAAACCUGGUCUCUUCCUUUGAGCCAGAAUAGUGGGAGUGACCUGCCUGCUAGCCAGCCUCAGCCCUUUUCCUCCCAAGGGGACAUGGAAGAAGAAGAUAUAAUAAUAGAGGACUAUGACAGUGAUGAGACAUAAAAGCAGCCUGCCACUCACAUUGCUACUUGAAAGAUGAUUUCAAUUUAUUCAGUGGUACUUGAACAGAGUUAUACACUCUUCUGGUGAAUUACAAGCAAUUUGUUAAUUGCUCAGUUUUUAUAGUAUCACAAAGAACUGACUUCUGUCACCUUGAAGUAAAUCAAGUACUCAGUAUUUUCCUCUAAUAUUUAUUUUGUCUUGUGUAUGGUUUAGGGAGAGGAGGUCGCAGUGUGAAGUAUGUUUGAAUGUUAUGCUAAAUAUCAGAAAAUGUGAAGGAGACAUCCAGAAUAUAAAAACUUUAUGGGGUGUUGUAAAUGUGAUUUAUAAAAUAGUACAGGAUGCAAUUAUGAAUGUAAAUAAACUUUGUGCCUUAUUUACAGCUUGCCUCUAGCUUCUCAGAUACCGUUGUUGUGUGUUGUACAGUGACAUAUUUUAGAUACUUUUGGAAACUAUUUACAUAAUUUAUAUUAAAAAUUAAAAUACUGGAUUU